AUGCAUCACAAGUCAACUGCAAAUUUCUCUCGAGACAAGUCGGCAGCAGCUGCAAAUUCCUCCCGGGACAAGUCAGCAACUUCAAAUUCCUCCCGGGACAAGUUGGCAGCUUCAAAUUCCUCUCGAGACAAGUUGACAGCUACAAAUUCCUCCCGAGAUAAGUCGACAACAGUUGCAAGUUCCUCCCGAGACAAGUCGGCAGCUUCAAAUUCUUCUGAGCCAUCAUCAGUUGCUCCAACUAUAUCUGAGCAUCCAUCCGAACCUAAACGUAAACGUGGGCGUGAAUCUAAGCAUUAUUGGACUGUUGAUGCCAUAGAUGAAUAUGAAGAUACUACACGCCUUCAUUUAUUAGUGAAAGAUGUGCAUAAUUUGCCAGAAAAUUUGCGCAUAGUUGUCAAUUUUGAUAGACAGCAUGCAGCAAUAGGAGAAGCAGCCGGACUCCUUGCAGGAGUUUGUGGGCAAUUGGCCACUGAUUGUGUAGCAUUUCCAAUCAGUUUUGAUAAGUGGUCAGACAUUCCAGAGAGCUUUUUUGAAAAUCAAUGGAAUAUUUUUUUCCAAAAUCUUUGUAAGAGGAAUCAAGAAAUUCGGCAAAAACAAAUAAUUCCUCAUACUUCAGGUGCUAAAUCAAUUGCAAGAAGAAAGGCUGAAUUGACGGAAGAGACGGGAAAAGAAGUUAGUAGGGUUCAAAUGUGGGACAUCACUCACAAGAAAAUAGAUGGAAGUUAUGUUAAUGAAAAGGCUAAAGAAAUAGCGGAGAAGAUUGAAGCAUAUAGCAGUCAACAAGCGGUGGAAUCAACCGUUAAUUCUCCUCUUGAUGCUCUUGGAGUAGUUCUUGGGAAAGAGCACCCUGGUCGUGUUCGAGGUUUAGGCAUGGGAGCUGUUCCAACAAUUGCUUUCAAGAACAACACUACAAGAAUUAGUCAGAUGAAUUUAGGUUCUUCAAAUGAUGCUGGCACAUCAUCUACUUGUGGUCCAAAUGUGCAAGAAGAGUUGGAUACCGUUAAAGCGCAAUUGCAAGCGCUAGUAUCUUAUAUUGCUUCUAAGGAAGGAGGUAAAAUUCCAGUGGAAUUGGCUGGAAUGUUUCCUACUCAACAAAUUUCACAGGGAUUGGAUCAAAAGAGUGAGAUUCCAUCACCAAGAGAGUUAGGAAGUAGGUCUUCUGGAGCGAGCAACAAAGAAGCAUGAUCUUGUAUGAUAAAGAUUUUAUGUAUUAAGUAUUAUAGAUAUAUGUUAAGACAUUAUUGAAAAAUGUUAUCUUUAAUACUUUGUUUUUGGAUUAUGAUUUUUUAUUUUCGGAGACUAUGUAUGAAUUAAAAAUCUUGUUAUGAUGUUUGAUUUAAGGUUAUGCUUUUUGGUUA